UCCUGGAAAAAACCCUUAGCUGAAACAGGUGAGGGCAAGAGCUCCCUGACCUGCUGGGGCGGGCAGUCCGCGAGAAGCCUGCUUCCGUUCUGGGAGCCCAGACUGAGGCUCAUUGGUUCACACAGAUGAGUGACAGGUCCCGAGCCAAUGGAAGGUUAAGCUCGCCGAGGCUCCCGCCUAGUACGGCUGCUUCCUGUCGGGCAUCGGUUCCGCGCGUGUGGGUGAGCUGCCGCGGUCCCGGAAUGAGGGGAAUGACAGGGAGCACGUGUCUCCGCAGUGGCUCCUCGCCAGCCCUUCGACUUGGAUUCUGACCCGAGUUCCGCGGCCCCGCGCGUGGCUGCGUAGGGCGGGGCCGUCCGACCCGACCUUUGCCUCGGGCCCGCGCCCACCGGAGGUUACCUGGUUCACACUGAGGGCGCAGCGGGCCAGCGCAAGCCCCGGGGCCGGCUUGACGGAACUCGAGCUGGACAGACCGCAGCGCUGACCGCGGCCGGCGAGGUGGCGGCCAGCAGAGGGCGCCGCCCGGGCAUGGCCGAGGAGCGCCGAGGAUCCUGGUUCGGCUUCGGUUUCUGCGGCUUCGGGCAGGCGCUGGGCUCGGGGCGCGGGCGCCAGGUGCACAGCCCCGAGCCGCUGCAGACCCCGGGCGAGGGCGAGGGCGAGGGCGCGGACGUCUGCCGCGUGAGCGCGAGCUGGAGCUACACCGCCUUCGUGACCCGUGGAGGCCGGCUGGAGCUGUCGGGCUCCGCGGGCUGCGCGGCGGGCGGCUGCAGGGACGCGUGGGCCUCGGAGGCGCUCCUCGUGGUGCUGCGCGCCGGGCCGGGACGCGGGUCCGGGACGGAGCUGCAGGCCUGGGCGCCGGGUUCGGCGCUGAGCGGAGAGCCCCUGUGGGCCCACACCGUGGGGCCGGAGGCCGAGGGGGAAGACGCACCGGGCGGUGAGCCCCAGGCCGGGGCCCUGCCCCUGUUGCCCGGCGGGCGGGCCUACGUGAGUCCGCGGCCGCCCUUCUACAGCCCUCUGGCCCCCGAGCUGCGGGCGCGCCGGCUGGAGCUGGGCGCCGAGCACGCGUUGCUGCUGGACGAAGCGGGCCAGGUGUUCUCCUGGGGCCAGGGCCGGCAUGGACAGCUGGGCCACGGGACUCUGGAGGCCGAGCUGGAGCCGAGGCCGCUGGAGGCGCUGCAGGGCGUACCCAUGGCUGAGGUGGCUGCAGGGGGCUGGCACUCCGUGUGUGUGAGUGAGACUGGCGAUAUUUAUAUCUGGGGCUGGAACGAAUCCGGACAGCUGGCCCUGCCCAGCAGGAGCCUGGCAGAGGUUGGCAAGACCGCUGCAGGGGAAGCCAGUGGACUGAAGGAAGACGGUUGUGACGUGAGGACAGCCGAGGGUGAGAGUGGAGGCCUGGCCCCCUUCAUAGCCAUCCAGCCCUUCCCCGCUUUACUGGAUCUCCCCCCGGGCACAGAUGCAGUCAAGGCCAGCUGUGGAUCCCGGCACACAGCAGUGGUGACGAGAACGGGGGAGCUCUACACCUGGGGCUGGGGUAAAUACGGACAGCUUGGCCACAAGGACACGAGCAGCUUGGAUCGGCCCCGCCGAGUGGAGUAUUUCGUAGACAAGCGGCUCCAGGACAUGUAUACGUCUAAGCAGCAUGGCGGACACAGACCAAAUCCAUGCUGGUGAGUUUUGAGAACCAUUGAACGUGCUGACAGAGGCAGACAAGGUAAGAAUAAAUAGUGCUUUGGGGAGAGCAGUAGUGAUCAGUAGGGUAGGUAAAGACGUGGACGCUGGAGCAGAAACAACUCCCCAAUACUGAUUUGUGCAAAGUUCCAGAUCUCCACAACAGAAAUGGCCCAACCCAUCCAAAGAGCCUCCCAACUCGGCAACUGCCGGGGUAGAUGAACUCGGACCGAGCGGGCAGAGGGAUGGCGGGACUCAACCCAGAGGAAAACUGCAGAAACAGAGUUCAGACAGGCACGUGUUCACACACUCGUCCCCACAAAGGGCAUUGCACAAUAACAGAACUGUACACAGUUUAACAAAGGAGUUCCCAGCCUCCCUGUCACCUCUUUGGCAGUAGGUCAGGCCAUCUCCACUUCUGACACACACACAUCCUCAGCAGGAGGAAGGCUGUCCUGUGUGGCGGAGACAGAUCUUUAGGUGAGAGCAAAGCUACUGUAGCCAGAGCGUUAACUCAGCGUCCCUCAACAAAAAAGAUGUUAAUUACUAGUGACAGCCUACGAGCCACUAUUGCUUCAGGUCCCUACCCCAAGGACCGGCACACUCCUUUUCCCACACCGUGGUGAAAGACGACACGCCCUUGCUCGUGUUUCAGCAAGCAGAAUUACGGGGUAGAGAAAAAUUAGGUUCCAUUUGCUAAAAUUUGCACUUACUGCUAUGAACUAAGUUUUAAUGUAUUUCUUGGGUCAAAACAAAAUCAAGUCUUUGAAGACCCACUAAGCCUAUGAUGGACUUUGCUCUGUGACACUCAUUCACUUCUGUAAGUUAGGCCCGUGGUAGUGGAACCUGUCCAGAUUCUCAAGCACACC